AUGGUUCUCGCCGCUCGUUGCGGGCAGGCUACGUCCUCCCUUCUGCGUCAGCGAUGUCUGACUGAAACCCGUCGUUCCGCUUUCGCUUUGCGCCCCUUCUCCGCUCAGACUACGGCCCGGUCGACGGCUUCGAGUCUGCGAUUGCAGCAGAAGGUUGCCUCGCCAUUGCGAUCCCAGCAGCUCCGUUCCUUCUCCAGUGCCCUUCGCCGCUUGGCCUCGGAGUCAAACAACCCCCCCUCUGCCGACAGCUACAUCGCCAGCGGAGUUGUCAAGCCCGGUAGCAAUCUGGUUGAUGUCAAGAAGGUCCUUGUCAUCGGUAGCGGUGGUUUGAGUAUUGGACAGGCUGGAGAGUUCGACUAUUCCGGCUCUCAGGCCCUCAAGGCUCUCAAGGAGGCCGGUGUCACGUCGGUCUUGAUCAACCCCAAUAUCGCGACGAUCCAAACCGAUCACAAACUCGCCGAUGAAGUGUACUAUCUCCCCGUUACCCCCGAAUAUGUGACUCACGUCAUUGAGAGAGAACGCCCCGAUGGCAUCUUCCUGUCGUUCGGUGGCCAGACCGCCCUGAACCUUGGUGUGCAGAUGAACCGCAUGGGCAUCUUUGAGCGCUACGGUGUCAGAGUUCUGGGAACAAGCAUCAGGACCCUCGAGACUAGUGAGGACCGUGACCUGUUCGCCCAGGCCCUGAAGGAGAUCAACAUUCCCAUUGCCGAGUCCAUCGCCGUCAACACUGUUGACGAGGCUUUGAAGGCUGCUGAAGAAGUUGGCUACCCUAUCAUCGUCCGUUCGGCUUACGCUCUCGGAGGUCUGGGUUCCGGUUUCGCUGAGAACCCUGAGGAGCUGAAGAACUUGGCUUCUCGUUCUCUGACUCUUGCUCCCCAGAUCCUGGUCGAGAAGUCCCUCAAGGGCUGGAAGGAGGUCGAGUAUGAAGUCGUCCGUGACGCCGCCAACAACUGUAUCACCGUCUGCAACAUGGAGAACUUUGACCCUCUGGGUAUCCACACCGGUGACAGUAUCGUCGUUGCUCCCAGUCAGACACUUUCUGAUGAAGAGUACCACAUGCUCCGUACGGCCGCCAUCAAGAUCGUCCGCCACCUGGGUGUCGUCGGUGAAUGUAACGUGCAGUACGCUCUGCAGCCUGAUGGUCUUGACUACCGUGUCAUUGAGGUCAAUGCCCGUCUUUCCCGUUCGUCUGCUCUGGCCUCCAAGGCUACUGGCUACCCUCUCGCCUACACUGCUGCGAAGAUCGGUCUGGGCCACACUCUUCCCGAGCUUCCCAACGCGGUCACCAAGACCACUACCGCCAACUUCGAGCCUAGUCUGGACUACAUUGUCACCAAGAUUCCCCGGUGGGAUCUGAGCAAGUUCCAGCACGUCAAGCGCGACAUCGGCAGUGCCAUGAAGUCUGUCGGUGAGGUCAUGGCCAUCGGUCGUACCUUUGAGGAGUCGUUCCAGAAGGCUAUCCGCCAGGUCGAUCCUCGCUUCAUCGGUUUCCAGGGUGACAAGUUUGAGAACCUGGAUGAGGUUCUGAAGAACCCCACUGACCGCCGCUGGUUGGCUGUUGGCCAGGCCAUGCUUCACGAGAACUAUUCGGUUGACAAGGUUCACGAGCUGACCAAGAUCGACAAGUGGUUCCUCUACAAGCUCCAGAACAUCGUUGAUUGCAACAAUGAGCUCAAGGCGAUUGGCAGCCUCUUUGGCAUCCAGAAGGAGAUGAUGCUGAAAGCCAAGAAGCUUGGCUUCUCUGACAAGCAGAUUGCUCUCCUCGUCGGUUCCACCGAGGACGAUGUCCGCGCUCGCCGAAAGAGCUUCGGCAUCAGACCCUGGGUCAAGAAGAUCGAUACCCUGGCCGCUGAGUUCCCUGCUGACACCAACUACCUCUACACCACCUACAACGCUACCUCCCACGAUGUCACCUUCGAUGACCACGGUAUCAUCAUUCUCGGAAGCGGUGUCUACCGUAUUGGAAGCUCUGUCGAGUUCGAUUGGUGUGCGGUCAACGCUACCCUCUCUCUGAGGAACAUGGGCAAGAAGACUGUUAUGAUCAACUACAACCCCGAGACCUACUCCACUGACUUCGACACUGCUGACAAGCUCUACUUUGAGGAACUCAGCUACGAGCGUGUCAUGGAUAUCUACGAGCUCGAGAGUGCCAGCGGUGUUGUCGUGUCCGUCGGUGGUCAGCUGCCCCAGAACAUCGCCCUCCGCUUGCAGGAGACUGGCGGUGCCCACGUUCUUGGUACCGAUCCUCAGGACAUUGACAAGGCUGAGGACAGACACAAGUUCUCUCAGAUCCUGGACAGCAUCGGUGUUGAUCAGCCUGCGUGGAAGGAGCUCACCUCGGUUUCCGAGGCUGAGCGCUUCGCCGAGUCUGUCGGAUACCCCGUCCUGGUUCGCCCCAGUUACGUCUUGUCUGGCGCUGCCAUGAGCGUCAUCUACAGUGGUGAUGAACUCAAGGAGAAGCUCCUCAACGCCAGUGCUGUCUCUCCCGACCACCCAGUUGUCAUCACCAAGUUCAUUGAGGGUGCUCAGGAGAUCGAUAUCGAUGCUGUUGCCUCCAACGGCAAGCUCCUCCUGCACGCCGUCAGUGAGCACGUUGAGCCGGCUGGUGUGCACUCUGGUGAUGCCACUCUGGUCCUGCCUCCUGCUUCUCUGGACGAGAAGAUCAUGGGCCGUGUCAAGGAGAUUGCUGAGAAGGUUGCUAAGGCCUGGAACAUCACCGGUCCCUUCAACAUGCAGAUCAUCAAGGCCGAUCAGGAAGGUGCUGAGCCCCAGCUGAAGGUCAUCGAGUGCAACCUUCGUGCCUCUCGUUCCUUCCCCUUCGUCAGCAAGGUCCUGGGAACCAACUUCAUUGACGUUGCUACCAAGGCGCUUGUUGGCCGCGAUGUCCCCGAGCCCGUCGAUCUCAUGACUCAGAAGCGUGACUACCUCGCUACCAAGGUGCCCCAGUUCAGCUGGACUCGUCUUGCCGGUGCCGAUCCGUUCCUCGGUGUUGAGAUGGCCAGUACCGGUGAGAUUGCUUGCUUCGGCAAGGAUCUUGUUGAGGCCUACUGGGCUUCUCUCCAGUCCACCAUGAACUUCCGCAUGCCCGAGCCCGGCGAGGGUAUCCUGCUCGGCGGUGACAUCAACAACCCUGCUUUGGCCCAGAUUGUUGACUACCUCCACCCUCUCGGCUACAAGUUCUUCGCUGCCAGCCCUGAGGUCCAGGCUCACCUCAAGUCCGCUACCAAGGACAAGGUCUCCGUGCAGGUGAUUGAGUUCCCUAAGGAAGACAAGAGAGCCCUUCGUGAGGUAUUCCAGAAGUACGACAUCCGCGGUUGCUUCAACCUUGCCAAGACCCGUGGCAAGACCCUCCUGGAUGAGGACUAUGUUAUGAGACGUAACGCGGUCGACUUCGGUGUUCCUCUCUUCAUGGAGACCAAGACCGCUCUUCUCUUCGCUCAGGCCAUGAACGCUAAGCUGCCCCGCCCCGACGGCAUUCCCCCUGAGGUCCGCAGCUGGUCCGAGUUCACUGGCGGCAAGCUGAUGUAA